AUGUCGAUGCUCAAAUUACCCCCCGAACUUCUCAUACAAAUCGGGACACAUUUAGAAUGUUCCGAUCUGAAUCAUCUUCUGGAAUGUCAUUCCUAUCUAUUCAAGAUCCUCAACAAACCCCUCUAUCAACGCAAUGUGCAGGAACACGAUGCCUCGGCACUGCUAUGGGCAGCAUCUAAGGGGUCGGAAUCGACUCUGCAAUAUCUCAUUGAGGCCGGAGCAAAUGUUCAAUAUGAAUCUCAGUAUUUUGCCUGCUCCAUACAAAGUGAGGGAUCACGCAUCCGAUGGCCGAUUCAAAUUGAGGACAUGAAAGAGCAUCCAAUAUCAUACGCGGCAGCCCAGGGACAUAUAAAAAUCGUGGAGUAUCUCCUCGAUUUAGGAGCUGAUCUUAAUUAUCGCGACCGGGAUGGGUUAACGCCCCUUGCCCUCGCAGCUCGCGAGGGUCACUUGACUCUGACUCAGAAACUCAUUUCUCUGGGCGCAAAGCAACUAUCACACGAUACCGAGGGAAGAUACCCGCUUUCACAAGCAGCAUCAAAGGGUCACCAUGAGAUCGAAGACUAUCUCUUCGACCAGCUUCGCCAAUACACUUAUAGCAAACCAGAUCCCGCACUGGACCUCUACUGGAUGUUGAAAUACGCCGCGGAACAGGGCGAUGACGCCCGCAUACGAUACCUCUUGUCCCGGGGAGCGGAUGUUAAUUUCCAACUACCCGAAGAGAGUCAUCCACCGCUAUGUGGUGCACUCCGGGAUGCUCCACGGCCAUUCGGUACCGCCAAGCUUUUGUUAGAUCAUGGAGCAGAUCCAAACGGAGAAGCUUCACGAUCGAAAUCCUACUCAUCUGGAAGAAGGGAACGGUCGGUUACAACAGUCUUUUGCGCUCUAUUGAGAGACGAGAGCUAUUCUCUGAUUGAGCUCCUUUUUCAAUACGGGGCGAUAGCAAUAAGGCACGGCCAGACCUUGCUGAUAGCAAUCAACCUAGAAAAGCCUCGCGAAUUUGAAUAUUUAGUGGAGCGCGGAGCCAGCCUAGAUGCAGGAUAUCGCAGGACAACUGUCGCUAAAAGUGCAAUGAGUUCUGGCUGUCAACCUAUUAUUGAUAUUUGCUUGAAGUAUGGAGUUUCUCGAGAUACCAAAUGA